AUGGCGACGGCGGCGUGUCCUCUCCCUCACCGGUCUCUGCUCCUCCUCCAUCUGGCCCUCCUCGCUUUCCUGCUGGCGGCGGCCCCGGCGGCCCAGGCGUGGACGGGGGAGAUCCGCGGCCGCGUCGUCUGCGACGUCUGCGCCGACUCUGCCAUCGGGCCCGAGGACCACGUCCUCGAAGGAACCAAACGCAACAACACAGCUCCCCAACUGAAUCUGCACCAAGGAGCACAGGCCUCACUCUCCUUCGAUUGGCCUCUGAGUUGCCUCGCAAAUCCUCAUCAAGUUCAUCGUGUUGGAGCGAUGAAGCUCUGCUCCACUCCUGAGUAUCUUCGCGCCGCCCUCCUUCUGAAGACCUGCCCAGUAGAUAAGAAAAGAGCAAGCAGAGUAGACAAUCUCAAAAGCAGCCUUGAUCAUUUUAUGCUAGAAGGCGCUGAGGUUGCUGUUCUGUGCAUCACGAAAUCUGGUGAGGUCAUCAACUACCAGGCGUUCACAAACUACAAGGGCGUCUACAGCGUUGCAGAGACAAUGCCUGAGAGCGACCGAUGGGAUUCGUGCCUGGCAAGGCCCAUCAGCAGCUUCCACCAGCAUUGCACCAGGAGGGGGGACGCACACUCUGGGGUCAAGUUCACAUACAACAAACAGUCAGGGAGCUCGCACAACGUCAAGACGUUCCUCUACAAGCCUGCCAACGUUCCUCUGUACUGUAGCUGA